AUGGUAUCUUGUUAUUGGUGUCAUAAACAAACUUUAACAAAUGAGAUGACAUAUUGUAAAUCAGAAGACGAUGGAAAACAUCAUUUAUGUUCUUCAUGCCAUUUAUCUGGUCAUGCAUGUCAGUCAUCAUGUCCUUUAUGUUGGCAUGAUAUGGCUCAAUAUUUAAUAAUAAGAGAUCGUUUAUGUGCUGGUUGUAUUAAACCAAUAGAUAAAAAGAAAACAUUUGAUGAAAAAGAACAUCCAUUAUGUUCUCAAUGUCAAAAAUGUAUUUUAUGUUCAUUUCGUGAACAAACUAAAAAGGAUUUUUUUUCUUUAUCAUAUCGUGAACAUGAACCGCAAAUUCAAAAUAUUCUUUAUCUUAUGCAAGUAUGUGUACAACGUGUUGAAGUUGAACGUGAACCAUGUUCGAUUUGUAUCGAACCAUUAAAUGAAAAUGGUGAUAAUCCAGUUAAAACACUUGAUAAAUGUCAACAUCGUUUUCAUACAAAAUGUAUCGAAAAAUGGUUUAAAGAAAAACCAUGUUGUCCAUGUUGUCGACAUGUUUAUCAAAACCAUGAUGAACCAAAAUAUAAACGAUCUCGUGGAGAUCAUGUUCCUGUUUUCCCACCACAUACUAUUAAUCGUUAUGAAUCGAUUACACCUAUGGAUACAUAUUCAUGA